AUGGCAGACGAUACCUGUGCAAACCCGUUGCUGCUGGGCUGGAUUAAGGAGUGGUAUGAUGAGGCUCAGGAGCGCAAUUCCAAGGGAGCAAGCGUGUACAAAAAGGCAUAUAACUCCAUGAAGGCAUGUCCUCUAGAGUUUGAUCACCCUUCAGAAGCACAGCAGCUCAACGGGCUUGGACCGAAAUUAUGUGAUCGUUUGACUGUGAAGCUAAGGGACUACUGUAAAGACAAUGGACUCCCCAUGCCCGAGUCACAGCAACAGGCAGUCAAGAAACGGCCGUCUACGGAUGACCUGCAUCAGACGGAGGGACAGCCAGCCAAGCGCCCAAAGAAGGUGAAGCCGUAUGUCCCAGCCUUGCGUUCAGGGCCAUAUGCGCUCUUAUUAGCACUUGCUACCCUGGAUGAGAAUACAUCGGUUGGCUUAACCAAAGCUCAGCUCAUCGAAGUUGCGCAGCCAUACGCGGAUGCGUCAUUUACCGCACCUUCUGAUCCAACCAAGUUUCAUACCGCGUGGAAUUCGAUGAAAACUCUUGUUCAGAAGGAUCUUGUCUGCGAGCGUGGCAGGCCACUAAGGAGGUAUCUUUUAACGGACGAAGGAUGGGAAAUUGCCAAAAGAAUACAGAAAACAGUGCAGGACAAAUCACACGCGCCCUCAGAUUCCAGCGGGGCCAUGGAUAAGUUCGUGCGCCCAGGAAGUGCGCAGCCAGCAUCGUCACGGUCUAUGGUUACCCAGACGGCUGAAUCCUGUCGACUGCCAGUAUCACGCAUAGAAAGCCUUGAUUCAUUCGCAGACGAGGCUACUCCAAUACCUGCCUUGCCCGCAACACGAGGAGUUGCCAACAGUUCAAGAUUUACCCUCCCGCGAGAUAGUUUCACAAUCGAACUAGUACUUGACGUUCGCGAAAUCCGUUCUAGGCAAGACCGGGAGUAUAUAUCCAACGAGCUAAUGAAACGAGGAGUCACGCCGAUAGUCCGUUCUCUAGAGAUCGGGGAUAUUCAUUGGGUUGCCAAGUGCAAGGAUCCCAACUUUCUCGCACAAUAUGGCGAACAAGGGGAUGAAGUGAUUCUAGAUUGGAUCGUGGAAAGAAAACGACUCGACGAUCUCCUUAGCAGUAUCAAAGAUGGCCGCUUCCACGAACAGAAGUUCCGCCUUCGCCGUUCAGGAAUUAAGAAUGUGAUAUACCUGGUUGAAUUCAUGGCUCUCACAGAUUCCAACAGUGUAAAUGCAACGCGCAAUUUUUCAGCUAUCACAUCGGCAAUUGCAUCGACACAGGUCGUCAAUGGCUAUUUUGUUAAACAAACCAACAGCAUUGACGAUUCAAUUCGAUAUCUCGCCAGAAUGACCGCCUUUCUUCGUGAAAUGUAUAUAGGCUCUGACUCCACUGGACAGGUGAAAGCUAUAUCGGUCACUCCAACAUCAUCCAUCGAGUCGUUGAAUACAUACUUGCCUCACCUCGAGCAACUCCGUGCUAAGGAGCAGGAUAGAACCAAUGCCUCCUCCUCACUCAACGCAUUAGAAACAACCUAUACCCUUACAUACAGCACAUUUUCCGCUCUCUCCUCGAAAUCAGACAUGCUUACGUUGCGCGAUAUCUUCUUAAAGAUGCUCAUGUGUACCCGCGGAGUAACAGGCGACAAAGCCCUGGAAAUUCAACGACGAUGGGGUACGCCACGAGAAUUUGUUAAGGCCUUCGAAGAUGCCGGCCCGAGAGGAUCUGAUGGCAAACCCUCUCCUGCUCAGAAUGAUUUAGUCGCGUCCGAAUUGGGAGGACUGGUCGGACGGAAGAAGAUCGGUAAGACGUUGAGUAAGAAGAUUGCAGAACUGUGGGCGACCUGA